AGAAUAAAAAUGGACGCCAUCGAAACAGACAUUUAUGUACGCUAGGAGUUCAGCAUCCACAGUGUUUUUUCCUAAUUUUGAUUAUACUAUUUGUGAAGAGCUGCAAGCCGUGGAAACGCCGUGCUAGGUGCCCGUGACGUUGAUGGCAGCCACUGCCCAGGACAGCGGUGAACAGGGGUGUGAAAUUAUGGGUGUACCUCAGGGAGAAGGCGUGGGGCAGCAAGCCGAAACCUCACGCGCGGAAAAAGAGAAGCCUCUGAACGCCCACGAAAAUUUUACGAAUAUUAGUUGGGGCGACCGGCCACCAGCAGAGAAUAGUCCCGCUGACAGUGUUCAGAUAUGUGAGGGCACGGAUAGCGGGCCCGGUGUGGAGAAUGGCGCAGGCUUGGAGAAUGGGCCAGUGAACUCUUCCCAGGACACUAAUGCAAAUCAGCAAAACCUUGACGAGUCGACUUCUCAGCUGGAUGACGAUGCCCAGCAGAUUUCUGCUGACCUAUCUGAUGUGGACCAAGGCUCUCCAUCAGGUCAGCCUCAGAAGAAGACCGGUGGGCCACGAAAGAACCCCACACCCAAGAAAGUACCCACUCCCCCCAAAUCCGCCACCCCCAGCUGUGCUCCCACCCAACAGAAGAAACGCGGAAGGAAACCUAAGGGAUCAGCAUUGCCUCCUAAUGAGGAUCAGCUGACCAGCACCCCUGCCCCUACAUCCCAAAAUCAGCACUAUGCCCCAGAGGAUCAGGAGAUGACCACAACACCACAGAAGAAGAAACGCGGAAGGAAGCCCAAAGGAUCGACCUUGUCUCCUACUGAGGAUCAGCUGACCAGCACCCCUGCCCCGACAUCCCAAAGUCAGCACUAUGCCCCAGAGGAUCAGGAGAUGACCACAACACCACAGAAGAAGAAACGCGGAAGGAAGCCCAAAGGAUCGACCUUGUCUCCUACUGAGGAUCAGCUGACCGGCACCCCUGCCCCGAAAUCCCAAAAUCAGCAUGACGCCCCAGUGGAGCAGGAGAUGACACCGACACCACAGAAGAAGAAAUGUGGAAGGAAGCCUAAGGGAUUGACCUUGUCUCCUACUGAGGAUCAGCUGACCAGCACCCCUGCCCCGAAAUCCCAAAAUCAACACGACGCCCCAGUGGAGCAGGAGAUGACACCGACACCACAGAAGAAGAAAUGUGGAAGGAAGCCUAAGGGAUCGACCUUGUCUCCUACUGAGGAUCAGCUGACCAGCACCCCUGCCCUGACUCCAAAAAAUCAGCGGCAGGUCCCUGACGAGCAGGAGGUGACCCCUAGUGGCCGGCCAAAGAGGAGAGCUGCCACGGCUGCAAUGCAGUAUCUCCACUCCCUGGUUGAAGAACUGGAUGGUCCACUUCAGGGUUCAGAGAAAAAGGAGGGCAGGCCCGGUCCGGUCAGCGGUUCGGUUCAGCCCAGGGGCCAGGCCCAGGCGAAGGCGAAGAAGGGCCGGAAGAGGAAGACUCCGGUCAGGGACAGCAGCGACGCCAGCGGCGACGAAGACUUCGUUCCAGGCUCCGAGGGCGAGACCGAGGAAGAGGACACCAGGGACGACGACUCCGUCUCCAGCUUCGAGACGGACCUGAAGAGGUCGCGUCAAGAGACGCCCCGGGCCAAAACCCUGCAGCACUGGACUAAAUCGAAAUGUGCGGGAAAGGCAGCCAAUGGCUUUCUGAACCACGCCAUGGGCACUAUCUGGGCCUGUGCCGCGGUCACCAAAAAGUUCCAUGAGGAGCACUGCGCCUCCUGGGUCUUCCCCGAGUGGAUCCCGUCAGCCAAGGACUGGCGCUUCCUGUCUGAGAGCGAGGCGGAGGUAUACCUACCUAAAGAGAAGCAGUCGCCAGCAUUCAAGGUAUCACGGGAGGGGCUGAAAGAAGACUGCAAGCCAUGCAGAAUUAAAAGGUUCGAGUCCCUGCCCUUCCACGCCAAGUGCUGGGACGUGUGCUUCUUCACGGGAGGCCCGGUCUGGUCCAUGGAGUGGUGUCCGGUCCCGGACGGCAGCACCAGCGGCCAGUACGCCGCCAUCUACUGCAACAGGGGCAUGGACGACCGGCACAAGAUGGCGGGCACCUACUCGGAAGCCGCCCUGCUGCAGGUCUGGGACAUGGGAGAGCUGCAGUACGACACGUGCCCCUCGUCUCCGCCGCAGCUGGCGUAUGCCAUCGCCCUUGACGACGGGUGCAUAUGGGACAUGAAGUGGUGCCCGAGCAGUGCUUGGGAGCUGCCUACGACCUGCAGAAAGGCCCCCCAGAUGGCCAGACUGGGGCUCCUGGCCGCAGCCUUCUCCAGCGGGAAGAUAGCGGUGUUCAGCCUCCCCCACCGCGACGCCCUGGCGGCCGCCAGGAAGAGCCGGGCUAAAGGAGGAGUCAGCCAGUCUCCAUUGAUAUGCCAGGUCCAGACUGUAGUUGUGCUGAAGGUGGGCUCCAUCCAGGCUGGCGACGCUCUCCACACCGGCCAGUGCUUCUGCCUGGACUGGCUGCCCGUCAAGCCCCACAACAUCGUGGCGGCCGGCUUCUACGACGGUUCGGUGGCCCUGUGGAACCUGAACACCAAGUCCCUGCUUCAGCGCGUGCGGGCGCCGGACGGUUCCGUGACCCUGUACCCCUACCACUCCUUCAUCUCCCACGACCACAUCGUCCGAACCAUCGCCUGGUGCCGAGCGUCCAGCGAUUUUUUGGCGACGGCCGGCGAUGACAGGAAGUUGAAGUUCUGGGACUUGAGGAAGACGUUCGAGCCGGUCAGCGUUCACAAGCGGUACUUGUCCACGGAGAUAAGCUGGCCGCUGAUCUGGUCGGGGAUCUGCGUGGGCCAGCAGUGUUGCUACGCCACGUACGGCCAGCAUGGAAUCCAUUACCUGGAUGCCGGAUACUUGGGCUAUAAACCGUUCUUUAUGGCCCCCAGAAACGGAACUAUAUGGAGCGCCUCCUUCUCUGAUUGGCUGAACAGCUGCGUGACGGCUGACAGCAUCGGAGAGCUGAUCAUGGUCCUGAUGCCCGACCUGUCCACCAAUCCCAACACUAUCAAGCGCACCGUGGAGCGCCGAUUCCCCGUGGUCAGAACGGAGAUGGUCCAGUUUCCUGGUUCAGAGAGAGAGGAGUCUAACGGCCCGGAGCCACAGACCUACAGUGAAGCCGUAAAGAAGUACUACCUCCAUUUCCACGACAUGGACAUGAGAUCGUUCCGGAACACGCCCCAAAGAGCCCCCAUCAAGCACAUGCAGGCCACCGAAGCCAAGGGCCUCAUUUCCCUGGACAAGAUGCCCCUGAACUCCCUGUACAAGGUGCGUCUGAACCCCAACCUGAGCAGCCAGAGCUGGGUGCUGUCGGGGGGGCAGUCGGGCCUGGUGCGCGCCCACUGCGUCCGCGCCAUGAACUGCGCCAUCGUCGCCAAGAUGGUGCGGGAGAGCGAGGCGCAGUUCGCCGCCAUGUUCUCGCCUCAGGGAGCCGCGCCCGACCCGGGCGCCGCCGCCACGGCCGUACGGCACAGCACCGAGAGCACGGUGCGGGUCCUGUGACAUCACGGCAGGGGACCCCCCCCUCCCUCCCCCAGGGGAGGCUUCCGCAUACCGAACCACAGAAACUCAGCAGUGCAGGGCUCUCAGGUCCUGGUCGUCAAGACGACCGGGACUGGUUUUAUAAGUGACACGUUAUUAAGCUUCUGUUUUUAUAUUAACUUAUUCUAAGUUUAAAAAAAAUACUAUUUUGAUACGACCUUAAAAAUGUUUGUUUCUUAUUUUUAUAUGUAUUUUAGGGGUUGAAUAUUGGACGGACAUUUCCUUGAGGGAUCAAGUAGUUUUCCAUUUGUAAUGUUAGACCAACGGCGCUGUUGACUGGUCAUUCUGUACUGUACCAAAACCCUUCUUUUCCCUUGAUUUUCCUACAUGUUUUCCCGUUCGGUUGUCAUUUUUAUUUGACAAAAUUAAGAUUUUAAAUUUCCUUCUCGACGAGCUUAUUUCAUGCGCUGUGUACUAUUAAAAUGUUGUUUCAUUCCCACAUG